CCGCCCGGACUUGUCGUGAAGCGCGCGUCGUCGAGAUCGGACGUGCCGCUGUGCCCUUUAGUGUCGACCAACAAACACUUCACAGACGGUGAAGAAUGUGCUUGUAGCGAAAACCUACACAGGUCCUAGAGGGCAACAUUAAGGGAGUGAACGAGUGUACAAAGUGAAGCCUAGUGGCUUGUACAUAAGUGUGUAUAUACAGUGAUUGUUGGUGCUGGUUUGAGAGCCAGCGCGUCGCCGUUGUUCGUGGAUACUGUGUAUCCUCUGCUGCCGUCCUCCUGCUGAGCGCCCAGUGCCGCCUCUUCAGCAGCCAUGGCCGAUACCGGCAGAACAGAUUCCUAUCGGCACGCCACGGAUCGUACCGUCCCCGAUGAUAACCGAACAGUGAAAGGGGAUCCUAAGUCUAAGAAAAAGCCCCAGAAGGCUAAAGGGAAGAAGGGAGAUAAGGAUUUGAACGAUCUGAAGCAGGAGUUGGAACUUGAUGAGCACAAGGUCCCAAUCGAGGAACUCUUUCAACGUCUCACUGUUAACCCAGACACAGGUCUAUCACAAAGUGAGGCUAAGCGCCGUAUUGAGCGAGAUGGGCCGAAUGCUCUCACCCCACCCAAGCAGACUCCAGAAUGGGUCAAGUUCUGCAAAAACCUCUUCGGUGGUUUCUCACUCCUGCUGUGGAUUGGCGCUAUCCUCUGCUUCAUUGCCUACUCAAUUGAGACAGCUGCAGAAGAGGAGCCCAACAAGGACAAUUUGUACCUGGGCAUUGUGCUCACAGCUGUCGUGAUCAUCACAGGCGUCUUCUCGUAUUACCAAGAAAGCAAGAGCUCCCGUAUUAUGGAAUCUUUCAAGAACAUGGUCCCUCAGUAUGCUAUUGUUCUUCGAGAUGGCGAGAAGCAGAAUGUUCAGGCUGAGGAACUGUGCAUAGGAGACAUUGUAGAGGUCAAGUUUGGUGAUCGUAUCCCAGCUGAUAUCCGUGUCAUCGAAAGCAGGGGCUUCAAGGUCGACAACUCUUCCCUGACUGGAGAAUCCGAACCCCAGAGCCGAUCACCCGAAUACACUUCCGAGAACCCCCUUGAGACCAAGAACUUGGCAUUCUUCUCCACCAAUGCUGUUGAGGGUACCUGCAAGGGUGUCGUUAUCAUGAUUGGUGACAACACUGUGAUGGGUCGUAUUGCUGGUUUGGCAUCUGGAUUGGAAACUGGUGAAACCCCCAUUGCCAAGGAAAUUACCCAUUUCAUUCACAUCAUUACUGGUGUGGCUGUGUUCUUGGGUGUGACCUUCUUCGUUAUUGCCUUCAUCCUUGGGUACCAUUGGUUGGAUGCUGUUGUGUUCCUCAUUGGUAUCAUUGUAGCCAAUGUGCCUGAGGGUCUGCUAGCCACUGUCACUGUGUGCUUGACUCUUACUGCCAAGCGCAUGGCUGCCAAGAACUGCCUUGUAAAGAACUUGGAGGCUGUGGAAACCCUGGGUUCCACUUCCACCAUUUGCUCUGAUAAGACUGGUACCCUCACCCAGAAUCGUAUGACAGUAGCACAUAUGUGGUUCGACAACACCAUCAUUGAAGCUGAUACAUCUGAAGAUCAGUCUGGCUGCCAGUACGACAAGACCUCACAAGGCUGGAAGGCUCUGUCUAGAAUUGCUGCCCUCUGUAACCGUGCUGAAUUCAAGAGUGGCAUGGAAAACACUCCCAUCCUGAAACGUGAAGUAAACGGCGAUGCUUCUGAAGCUGCUCUGCUGAAGUGCGUUGAAUUGGCUGUUGGUGAUGUAAAGGGCUGGCGUGCACGCAACAAGAAGGUAUGUGAAAUUCCUUUCAACUCCACCAACAAGUACCAAGUAUCCAUUCACGAGACUGAGGAUAAGAACGACCCACGAUACCUUGUUGUGAUGAAGGGAGCCCCUGAGAGGAUCCUGGAACGCUGCUCCACCAUCUACAUCAAUGGAGAAGAAAAGGCCCUCGACGAAGAAAUGAAGGAAGCUUUCAACAAUGCCUACCUUGAAUUGGGUGGCCUCGGAGAGCGUGUACUUGGUUUCUGCGACUACAUGCUGCCCACUGACAAGUACCCACUUGGAUACCCCUUUGAUGCUGAUGCUGUAAACUUCCCUGUCCAUGGUCUGCGCUUCGUGGGUCUGAUGUCUAUGAUUGAUCCUCCCCGUGCUGCUGUACCUGAUGCUGUAGCUAAGUGCAGAUCUGCUGGUAUCAAGGUUAUCAUGGUUACUGGUGAUCACCCCAUCACUGCCAAGGCUAUUGCCAAGUCUGUAGGUAUCAUCUCUGAAGGAAACGAGACUGUUGAGGACAUUGCACAGAGGCUGAACAUUCCCAUCAAGGAGGUUGACCCCACUGAAGCCAAGGCUGCUGUGGUUCACGGUUCUGAACUUCGUGACAUGACAUCUGAGCAGCUGGAUGAUGUCCUCCUCCACCACACUGAAAUCGUGUUUGCCCGUACCUCCCCACAACAGAAGCUGAUCAUUGUAGAAGGUUGCCAGCGUAUGGGUGCCAUUGUAGCUGUAACUGGUGAUGGUGUAAAUGAUUCUCCUGCUCUGAAGAAGGCUGAUAUUGGUGUUGCUAUGGGUAUUGCUGGUUCUGAUGUGUCCAAGCAAGCCGCUGACAUGAUCCUGUUGGACGACAACUUUGCUUCCAUUGUCACUGGUGUUGAAGAGGGCAGACUUAUUUUCGACAACCUGAAGAAAUCCAUUGCUUACACCCUGACAUCUAACAUCCCUGAGAUCUCUCCUUUCUUGUUCUUCAUGAUUGCCUCAGUCCCACUUCCUCUUGGAACUGUGACCAUCCUCUGCAUUGAUCUGGGUACUGACAUGGUGCCUGCCAUUUCCCUUGCCUAUGAAGAAGCUGAGUCUGAUAUUAUGAAGCGCCAGCCCCGAAACCCAUUCUCCGACAAGCUUGUAAACGAGAGGCUCAUCUCAAUGGCCUAUGGUCAGAUUGGUAUGAUUCAAGCCCUGGCAGGAUUCUUCACCUAUUUCGUGAUCAUGGCUGAGAACGGCUUCCUGCCACCCCAUCUCUUCGGUCUCCGUGAGCGCUGGGACAGCAAGGCCAUCAACGAUCUGGAGGAUCACUAUGGACAGGAAUGGACCUUCCACGACCGUAAGAUUCUUGAGUACACCUGCCACACUGCCUUCUUCACCUCUAUUGUGAUUGUGCAGUGGGCCGAUUUGAUCAUUUGCAAGACCCGCCGUAACUCCAUUGUCCACCAGGGCAUGAAGAACUGGGUGCUGAACUUUGGUCUCGUCUUUGAAACCACUUUGGCUGCCUUCCUUUCCUACACCCCAGGCAUGGACAAGGGUCUUCGCAUGUACCCACUGAAGUUCUACUGGUGGCUGCCUGCUCUUCCGUUCUCCCUCCUUAUCUUCAUCUAUGAUGAGAUACGUCGCUUCAUCCUGCGUAGGAACCCUGGUGGUUGGAUGGAACUGGAGACCUACUAUUAAGCUGUUACUGUGAGCGCAAGAAUUACUAGAGCUCAAGACUGAUUGCAUGGCUCGCAUCACCUGCCAUCAUCAGUGAACUUCCCACAGCCAGCACUUGUGUCGCUAUUACUUGUGGAAAUUUAUUUAAUAUCCCAAUAUGGAAAUUAAUUUCUAGUUGAC